AGGAAAUGCAGAUGAUGUUUAUUUUAGCCCCCACUGCUUCACGCACGCUCGUGAAAGAGUGUUGUUUCAAUUUAACAACAUUUUAAACAUUAAACCUUUCAAGCCGAGUAUCAUCACGUUGGACCCUUAUGUGGACGCUAGUCAUACACGAUGACAACCGGGAAGAGAAACAUAGACGAGAAGGUGCUGCAAUACGAAACUUUCAUCAACGAGGUGUUGAAAAGAGAUUUGCAGAACGUUUUGGAGCAAAGAGAUGGCGUAUAUGAAAAGAUUGCCCAGUAUCUCCAAUUGAAAAACACAAUUGAAAGCAUACAGAAUGCCGGAAGUAAUGACCUUAAGACAGAAGUAGAUAUUGGAUGCAAUUUCUAUGUUCAAGCUCAUGUCCCUGACGCUUCGAAAAUAUUUGUGGCUGUGGGUUAUGGAUUUUUUGUGGAACUCACCCAUGCUGAAGCCUUGAAGUUCAUUGAGAAAAAGACAAACCAGCUUACAGCGUAUUCCGAAGCCCUAACUAAAGAUUCAGCAAAAAUCAAGGCAAAUAUUCGCAUGGUACUAGAGGGUCUCCGAGAGCUUCAGGGGUUGACAGACCUUCCUGAGAUGCGGAGAAGAGAAGUCUUGUAGGUGCUCUGGCUAAUGCUUUAACCCACACCAACAAGUACCUUUGUUUUAUGGAGACUUGUUAGAUGCUGUUUCCACGUAGCAGGAUAUUUUUUUCUCCUGUUAGGUGUAAACGCAACAUGUGGAUAAAAAUAAAUCCUCCAUUGUAACGAAUGCGUUUCAGCCCCCUAAACAGGAUAUUUUUUUCUCCUGCUUUUUAUACCUGGAUUUUAAAUAUCUGCUACGUGGAAACGGAAGGCCAAAACCAAUGCAAAACCAAUGCAACCAGGAGAAAAAAAUAUCCACAUAUAAAA